AUGAGAGCCCAAUCGCUGCGUCUGCCCCGCGCCGCGACCCCAUGGAGUCGCCCGCGACCGCGCGUGCUCGCCCCGCUGCCAGCGCCACGCGCGCUCCGCCUCUCGUCGACGUCGGCGCCGUCGAGUCCCGGCGCACCGCCAGCCGCGAAAGAGGGCGAGCGAGCGUGGUCGACGCCGCUCGCCCAGUUCCUCGGCCAGGCCAUGACGACGACAGGGCCCAUCUCGGUGGCGGCGUACAUGCGCCAGUGCCUCACGUCUGAGCUGGGCGGCUACUACACGCGCACGCCGACCGCCGGCGAGGACCAGUUCGGCACAAAGGGCGACUUUGUGACGUCGCCCGAGAUCAGCCAGGUGUUUGGCGAGCUGGUCGGCAUCUGGCUGUACGCCGAGUGGCUGGCCCAGGGCCGCAAGGACAAGGUGCACCUCAUCGAGGUCGGGCCCGGCAGAGGCACCCUGAUGGACGACGUGCUGCGCACCCUGUCGAGCUUCAAGCGCAUGACCAAGAGCAUCGAGGCCAUCUAUCUCGUCGAGGCCAGCCCGCACCUGCAGAGGCAGCAGGCCCUGCGCCUGGCCGGCACCGAGGAGCUGGAGAAGAGCGGCGUGGGAGGCAGGGCAAAGUGCAAGUACCUCCCGCACUGCGACAUCCACUGGUGCGAGGACAUCCGCUUCGUGCCCAAAGAGGAGACUUCCACCCCCUUCAUCCUCGCCCACGAAUUCUUCGACGCCCUCCCCAUCCACGUCUUCCAGAAUGUCCCGGCUUCCUCCAUCCCCAAGUCCUCGACCAUCAUGACACCCACCGGGCCCAUCACCCCCAAGCACGGCCCCACCGCCCCAGGCAAUCAAUGGCACGAGCUCGUCGUCUCGCCCACCAACCCCUACGCCUCGACGCCCAACCUCAAGCCUGGCGAAGAGAAGCCCGACUUCGAGAUGACCGUUUCCAAAACCCCAACACCGCACUCCCUGUACCUGCCCAAGAUGAGCAAGCGAUAUGCAAAGCUCGACAAGACAGCCGACGCCAUCAUCGAAAUCAGUCCCGAGUCUCUGAACUACGUCUCCGACUUCGCCGUCCGCAUCGGUGGUAGUCAUGGUGCCGCCUCACGACCCCCGAAACCAGGCAGCCCACCGUCCGCCAAACCCGUAUCCACAGCAGACACACCCUUCAAGAAAGCAACCGCCAGCGGCGCAGCCCUAAUCCUCGACUACGGCACCACCUCCACCAUCCCCGCCAACACACUCCGCGGCAUCCGCAGCCACCAGCCCGUCUCCCCCUUCGCCAGUCCCGGGCUGGUCGACCUCAGCGCCGACGUGGAUUUCCUCGCGCUCGCCGAGAGCGCACUCGCCGCCUCGGACAACGUCGAAGUCCACGGGCCCGUCGAUCAGUCUUUCUUCCUCGCCACCAUGGGCAUCAGGGAGCGUGCCGAGCGGCUGCUGAAGAACGCAAAGGAUGACGAGACGCGCCGCAGACUCGAGAUCGGGUGGAAGCGGCUUGUUGAUCGCGGGCCAAAUGGCAUGGGCAAGCUGUAUAAAGCCAUGGCCAUCGUGCCGUACGUCGAGGGCAAGAAGGUUAGGCGGCCUGUUGGGUUCGGGGGGGAUCUCCUAGGCUGA